AUGGACGUCUAUUUUUGGUCCCGCUUAGAGCUAAAAUUACUAUCUAAUCUCGUGCAUAUUUCUGCCCGUUUAGGAUAUCCGAAAGAUCGACAGCAGCCACCCAAGAUAAGAUACCGUCCAAAAAACUCUCCAUUCCUAAUGCCCGAAGUAAAAGAGAAACUGCCGGAGGUGGACGUUGACGCCGCCUCAGUCCUGUCUUUCCCCGACCACAAGCUCAAAAAGCACCUCAAGCCCAGACAUGUCAAUUUCCUGGCUCUGGGCGGAUCUCUUGGCGUUGGGCUGCUUAUCGGAAGCGGAGGCUCUCUGGCGAUCGCUGGGCCGGUCGGGAUGCUGCUCUCGUACAUGAUCAUGGGCCUGAUCACCAUGUGCACUCUGUUUUCGCUGGCGGAAAUGUGCUCUUUUCUGGGCAGCGAGGGUAAUUUCGUCGAGAUGGUGUCGCGAUUCGUGGACAAAUCGGCCGGGUUCGCGUACACCUGGUGCUAUGCGCUCGGCUACAAUCUGACCCUGCCGUCUGAAAUCUCGUCGAUCUGUCUGCUGAUCGGCUACUGGGACACGGAAAAAAAGCUGCCUGACUACGCCAUUGUGCUGAUAUUCACGUUUUUCGUGCUUAUGGUCAACAUCGUGGACGUGGGGGCCUACGGGGAGGUGGAGUUCUGGAUCACCAUGGUCAAAAUUCUGUUGAUUGUCGGAAGCAUGAUUUUCUGUCUGGUAGCUACGUGCGGUGGCAACCCGUUGCACAAAACCACAGGCUUCCAGUACUGGAGAGAUCCGGGGCCGUUUGUGCAUUAUCUAACAGAUAAGCCGAUUGGGAAGUUUCUGGGCGUCUGGAGGGUGUUCAUCAAUGCUGGAUUUGGCUUCCAGGGAACUGAGGUGGUUGCUCUGACAAAUAGCGAGGUGCCUAAUUUCAGGAAACUGGCUCCGUCCCUGAUGAAGUCGGUGAUUGUCCGGAUCAUCACCUUCAACGUGGGCUCGCUGUUUAUGGUCACGUUGAUGGUUGCGUCCAACGACGACAAGUUGCUGAGCGCAGUCAACGCGGGAGCGGGAAACGGCGCUGAGUCGCCGUUUGUCAUUGCGGUGGAAAACGCCGGAGUGAAGGUGCUUCCGUCCAUAGUCAACGGCGGCAUUCUCAUUGCUGCCAUGUCUGCGGCCAACACCCAGAUCUACAUUCCGUCCAGAACGUACUUUUUCGGCCAGAAAUACGGCUACUGUCCGAAGUUCCUGACAAUAACCAACAGGAACGGCGUGCCGUACUACUCGGUGAUCUGCAACGCUGCGUUCGGGCUUCUUGCGCUGCUCACGCUCAAUAACACUGCCGAGCAGGUCUUCAACUGGCUGAUGAACCUGACCACUGUUUUCGGGUUCAUUGGCUGGACGCUGAUCAAUUACGCGUUCCUUAGGUACUACUAUGCGCUGAAAAAGCAGGGCCUCGAGCGGGACGAGCUUCCGAUCUACAAGUCGCCGCUCCAGCCGUACUCGGCCAUUUUUGCAGCUUCAAUCUUGGUUCUGAUCACGUUCACGCAGGGAUUCACCGCCUUCAUCCCCUGGGACACCCAGAACUUUUUUGCAGCGUACAUCUCUCUGGUGAUUUUUGUUGUUUUCUGGAUUGGCUACAAGUGCUGCACCAGAAACUUCAAACAGAUUCCGUUGGAGGACAUUGAUCUGAGCUACCCGAUGGACGAGGAGGAGCUGGAGUAUCAUUCGAAAGCGGCCAAAUACAUGGAUAAGGUGUUUGGAUAG